CAUGGGCUUGACUAUUAAUAAAAAUUAAAUAGAUGAAGAAAAACUUCAAAAGAGUAAAAUAGAAUCAAAAGAAUAUUUGGAAUAAUAGGAAAAAAAGACAUAAUUGGAAUUAUAGGAAUAGAAAGAAAACACAUUUUAUAGAAAUGAUGACUUUGGUUAUUAAUAUUUAUAAGAAGUUAAAUAAUGGAAAUCAAGAUAAGAAUAAAUUGAGUUUGCAAACCAAUAAUAUACAAAAAUUAAUCAAAAGUAUGAAUUUUUUGUUCUACUUAAUAUAGAGAAAAAGUAAAUAUAUAAGAAUAAAAGAAAAACACAUUUUAGACUGGAGAAGAUUUGGAUUAUUUUUUAGAUGAAGCUAAAUAAUGGAAUAAAAGAUAAGAAUAAAUUCAGAUUAUUUAGUAGUAUGAAAUAAUUUAUAUUCUAUAAAGACAAUAAUUCUAACAUAAUGUAUAUGAAUAAAAUUAAAUGAACCUUCAUGGAUAGAAUUAAAGAUCUUCCUAAUAAUCAUAAAUUAUACAUAUUGAAUCAAAUAGAAUAGAAAAUACAAAUAAUUAAGUAAAUUAAAAUAAUUAAUUUUUUAAAAGGAGUCGGAUUAAUUUUUUACUAUGAUAUAAGGAUCCUCUCCCAUUUUUCCUUUAGAGCUAACACAAACUUAAAAUUAUUAGUCAGACUAAUUAGUUAAGGAAUCAAUCAUUGAUAAAUUACCUAAAUAAUUAAAAGAAUUAUAUGAUUAAUAUGGUCCAUAUAAACCUCCUGAUUAAUAAAUCCAAUUUGAUUUAGAACCUGUAUUAAUUAAUUUGAAUGAUAAAUCUUAUUAUUUUGGAAAAAUGUAAAAUAAUAUGAAAGAAGGAUAUGGAUAUCAUUUGACUGAUAGUGAAUUUUAUGAAGGAAAUUUUGAGAAUAAUGAAAGAAAAGGCUGGGGAAGAGUAAUAAAUUAGUUAGGAUAUAAGGUUCUAUAUUAAUUAAUUCAUAUCUUAGAUUGGUUAUUGGUAAGAUGAUUAAAUCUAAAAAGAAAUGGAGAUAAAAUAAGAGAAUUAUUCCUAUAAAGGUUAAUGUCAAGAUUCAAUUCCUCAUGGCUAUGGUGAAUUAGACAAACCAGAUUAUAUUUAUAAAGGAUUUUUUCAUUAUGGAAAAAGAUAAGGAAAAGGUAUAAAUGAGUUAAAAAGUCACUAAGAGAGAUAUGAAGGAGAAUUUUUUGAUGAUAAAUUUCAUGGGUAAGGAAUUUAGUAUUAAACAAAUGGUAAAAAAUAUUAGGGAAAUUUUAAAAAUAAUAAAUGGGAUGGUUUAGGUGAGCUACAUUGGCCAUCGCCAGAAAAUAAAUAUUACAAAGGUAUAAAUUUUAAUGUAUAGUUUUAGGAAAUUUUGUUAAUGGCCAAAGAGAAGGAUAAGGAUAUUUUAGAGAUUCUGAUAAUUCAGAAUAUGAUGGUUAAUGGGAGAAUGACAAAAAAAAUGGUUUAGGAAAAUUUAUUAAGGGUGGGAUUGAAAUUUCUGGAAAAUGGAAAGAUGAAGUAUUACUUGAGGAUGAAAAUUAAUGA